CCGGCUCCUGUUCCGAGCUCUCUGGCCGGGAGGCGCAGCAGACCUGGCUCUGGACGCGCGGUCCGGGUGCUGCGGCCAUGCCUGGCGGCGCCCUUGCAACUCUACUGCGCCCGGCGCAGCCCCGGUAGGCGACGCCCCGGGCCCGGCUGGCCCGGCCAUGCAGCUGGAGACGCAGGACGCGCUGUACGUGGCUCUGGAGCUGGUUAUUGCCGCGCUGGCGGUGGCGGGCAACUUGCUGGUGUGCGCAGCGGUGGGCACCUCCAGCACGCUGCAGACGCCCACUAACUACUUCCUGGUGUCGCUGGCGGCGGCCGACGUGGCUGUGGGGCUCUUCGCCAUCCCCUUCGCCAUCACCAUCAGCCUGGGCUUCUGCACGGACUUCCACAGCUGCCUCUUCCUCGCCUGCUUCGUGCUGGUCCUCACACAGAGCUCCAUCUUCAGCCUCCUGGCGGUGGCGGUCGACAGGUAUCUGGCCAUCCGCGUCCCGCUCAGUGCUAGGGGCCAGUUGUAUGUGAAGGGAGGGAAGGAGGAUGGACCGGAUCAUCAGCUGUGGACCAUUCCCACUCUCCCAGCCUGUCCUCAGAGGUCUGGAAGAAUGCACAAGCAGUCCCCCACUCCACACCCAGGCCAGUAUGGGUGUCUGACCUGUCGACCACACCAGCUCACAUUGUGGUAUAAAAGUUUGGUCACUGGGAUCCGAGCAAGAGGUGUCAUUGCUGCCCUUUGGAUCCUUGCCUUUGGCAUUGGACUGACUCCAUUCCUGGGUUGGAACAGUAAAGACAGUGCCACCAACUGCACAGAACCUGGGGAUGGAAUUAUGAAUCAAAGCUGCUGUCUUGUGAAGUGCCUCUUUGAGAAUGUGGUUCCCAUGAGCUACAUGGUAUAUUUCAAUUUCUUCGGGUGUGUCCUGCCCCCAUUGCUCAUAAUGCUGGUGAUCUACAUCAAAAUCUUCAUGGUAGCCUGCAAGCAGCUUCAGCGUACAGAGCUGAUGGACCAUUCGAGGACUAUUCUCCAGCGGGAGAUCCAUGCUGCCAAGUCCCUGGCUAUGAUUGUGGGCAUUUUUGCUCUGUGUUGGCUACCAGUACAUGCCAUCAACUGUGUCACUCUUUUCCAGCCAGACCUGGCUAAGGAGAAACCCAAGUGGGUAAUGAAUGUGGCCAUUCUCCUGUCCCAUGCCAAUUCAGUUGUCAAUCCCAUUGUGUAUGCCUACCGGAACCAAGACUUCCGCUAUACUUUUCACAAAAUCAUCUCCAGGUAUGUCCUCUGCCAGACAGAUACCAAAGGUGGGAGUGGGCAGGCCAGGACACAGUCUGCUCUCAGUGUGGGCUUAUGACCCUGGCUCUGGCCUUUUGGAGAAGGCUUAAAAUAAACAAUGGGACAUGGUACGACUGGCUGAUUCUCACUGUGAAAUAUAGCCAUACCUUCCAAAAAUAGGACCUGCCUCUUUUGAGCACUUGCCUGGAGUUACACACAUCUAACUCAUAUGCAUACUGCAAUUAGUGGGCUCAAGGUUAAAACAUGCAUUUCUGAAUCUAUUCAGCUGCUCUGUGUGGAUGAUGUUGAAGGCUUGAAUGGAUUCCAAAAGACUCAUUUUUAAGAGUCUGCCUGUUUCAUUCAUGGUAGAAAAUGACUGAAACUUGUCUUACUGUGAACUAUUAUAAUAAAGUGUUUUUAACUUAGGGCAAUGGAAGAUAAAAAUUGGCUAUACUAAUUUAGUAUGCUCAUUCCCAGGAUGACAACCAAGAAAACUAAAGUGUAAUUCUACAAUCAAGAUACUGCUGUAUUAAUUUAGGGAAUGAUACUCUAAGUUCUGAAAUAGAUUUAUAAUAAUUUUUAAAAGUUACAUUAAAUUUUUCAUGUACAAAACACUAGAGGAAAGAAACUGGAGAAACUGCUCCCUCCUCUGCUGGAGGCCUCCUUCUGGAGCUAGGUACUGGAUCUUGCUUCUCUUCUAAGUUCACAUUUGUUGGAACCCAAAGUGUAAAAAUUUUACCAAACAAAAUUAUAUAAUUGUGUAUGUAUAUGCAAUGAAAUAAAAUUUUCUAAAAAGCUA